UCUGUUCCCCCAGAGAGUGACUUAAUUCUGAUCCCUGGUAAAGAACAGACACUCAUGAUGGAUCUCAGAGGAGAACAAAGACACCCUGGUCACAGCUACUAAUGCCUGAAAAGCAAGCAUGCAUUCAUGGGCACACUAACCAGUGAAUCCUACCGGGCUGAAAUGACUUUAGGACUGUCCCUUUAAAACUCAAGCUCACAAUCAGGCAAACUCCUCCUCCAGGGAGGUUCCUUAUUAAAAGGGAGCCAGCUGGCUGGGCCUCGGCUUAACACCCCGAGCAAUACCUGCAACCGAGGAUUCCUCCUGGGAGACUACAACCUGUCCACAUGGCUCAGGAGUUUGUGGACGGCAAAAUCCAGCCGGGGAAGGUCGUUGUGUUCAUCAAGCCCACCUGCCCCUUCUGCAGAAAGACCCAAGAGAUCCUCAGUCAACUGCCCUUCAAACAAGGGCUUCUGGAAUUUGUCGAUAUCACAGCCACGGGUGACACAAAUGAGAUACAAGAUUAUUUGCAACAGCUCACAGGCGCGAGAACGGUACCUCGGGUCUUUAUUGGUAAAGAUUGUAUAGGUGGAUGCAGUGAUCUAAUAACUAUGCAAGAGAACGGGGAACUGCUGACACGGCUGAAGCAGAUCGGAGCUCUGAAGUAAUUACAGUGGAGCAGACRGCCACACCAAUGUCCUCCUACAGAGCUGGAUGGCAGCACAGAAGAUGACAGUAUUUCCUGGUGGAUGGGAUUUUUUAGCACAAACGACUUUUUCUUCAUUUGCCUCCAUAUUAAAAAGUGGACCAACUUGUCCCUAACCACAGGGCCAAGAAGGUUGAUGGAUCUUCCCGGUUUUCUUCUAGAUUGGUCCUUUGGGUUCCAGAAAACCAUGACAAGUUCUGGUUUAGUAUUCACUUAUCCAAAAGAUAUAUAUUUUUUCUCCUUAGCUUGUGUUUCUUAUUAACCAUUCUGUGUGUGMCAGCAUGCCUCUACCUCCAAGCCAGUGUUUCUCAAUCAUAUUUAUCCAGAUGCUCCAAGGAUGAAUCUACAGUUGGUUUCCUGCCAUUUCCCAUCAGCUGAAAUUAUUUUGCUGAACAUGACUUUAUGCAAUUUGUAUCAUGAAACCCCUGGAUAUUUUGAGUCUGUUUUUUCAAACCUACCCCACCCCAUCUAACCUUGAGGGUCACUGCUUGGAGCCAUUGUUCUCACCUUGCCAUCUCACACAUCUCAUUGGAAACAUUCCACAAUUCUGAAAGGGCAUGAGCACCCAAUUUGAGAACCUGUGAGAAAAAUUUGAGCACAGGGUUGGUCUUCACCAGGGUCAUGUGGAUAGAGGCAGCAGGGCAAGAGGCAAACAUGUGGCAACACUUAGAUAAGAUGGUUCCAGAUCACCCUGAAUAGCUGUGUAUCAUUGGAUUUAGAUUCCAGCAAAAUUAAAAUAUAAGAUGUAAAACAUUAGCAUAGAAAACUUAUAUCCCAAAUUUGUCCCAAGAAAUCCCAAGAGUAUGUCUGAAAGGAGCUAAAUUUUGAGAAACACUGUCCUAAAUAACACACACACGCACGCACACACAAGUUGGAAAUUUAAGGCUCCCUUACUGUGAAGUUUGUCUCUAGAAUUGUAAGAUUGUUAAUUUCCUUCUGUGGUAACUAGUGGUAAUGGUUAAUUUCUUUUCUAAUAAAGAUGUACAUACAGCUAUCUCAUGGUUUUUAUA